AUGGCCCAUGCAGGCCCCUCUUCACGGACGGGGGGAUCGACCGCUGUCCCGCAACCAGUGAACCAAACCCCUGCCUCUAUGAAUCCGAUGCCAGAGAUCUUUCGCUCCAUCUGCGACGUCAAUGCGUACCCCUCCGAUAUCGGACAUCCCGCGAAUGGGGGUCUCGGAGGCCCUCUGCAGUUGGUCCCGUUCGACCUUACGAUCUCCCACCACUAUCCCAAUUCUUUCACGAUCAAACCAUACAGCACUGUGGACCAACGAGCAAUGGGUUCAUUCUGGAUCGAAUGCUAUCCCGAUAUCGCAACCGAAUAUGGCCUCCAAAAUAAACACAUUGUCCCUUAUCUCCGUCAAUUCUAUGUUCAUCACGACUUUGUUCAAUACCCUACUAGCUGGGAAACGAACGUGUACUUCUGCCCGACUCCUUUCUAUCUGCACUUGGGAGCAGAGUUUGUGGAUCUGCCGAUUGUGCGAAGUAUCAGGGAGAAUGACACCGAAUUGAAAGUGAGGAGUCUCGCUUGUGCCCCGUAUAUUGUCGCUGAUCAGCUUCUACAGCGUCUGGAGCGUUCAUCCCAGGUUGCAUCCCUGCUGUCGAGGAAGCUUGACGGCAUAAAGCCAGAUGUCGCUUUAACGGGGUAUCACAUUGGAAAUCUCGCGGAAGGGACGUAUCAAAAAGAGCCCGCAGACGGCAGACAGUUGACAUAUACCGAUGACCCCCAAGAAGUCCUCUACGCUCUCAUCAAGGACAAGUGGCUACCUUGGCCAGGAGCGAGCAAUAUCGAUCUAAAAGGGAAAAUCGAUCUACACCUCAAAGGCCUCCAAUUCGCAAACAUGGAGGCUAUCACUCAGACAGUCUACUACAGCGAACUUGGCUAUACCCUCUCAAAGUGUCGUUCGGCUAUCGCAUUGGCCAACGGCGAUUACACUCGUAUCGUGAACCUGUCUGAUCUCCCCACAGAAGGAGAAGAGGCAGCUCUGGAGGGCGUGACUCUGGGAGGAGGCGGUGGCCGGAGAAUCUUGGUCGAAGCCGAUCCAGCUGUUGUUGCCAAGUUGAGGUACCACAGACUUGAUUGCCUGUCCCCACAUCAAUUUGGCACCCUUGCGGCAGGAGAACCUUUGUUUGGUAUCCAGUGGAAAGCACCGAACUCCCUCAUCGCAAAUUACGAGGACUGGAGCUUGGAUCAAGAGGCUAAGGAUCGCCUCGAUGCCACUGUAUAUCUGAACCUCGCCCUCGCUACUCACCAUCCGGAGGCCGUCCAGGAUCCUCCCAUCAGCAACGAUUCCCUUACGCACGUCAUCGACGCGAACGCCUCCGAGAAAGAGGCAUAUCAGUUGCUCGGUGUCAGCAAGAAGAUGGGAGCACACCGUGAUCAGGUUGAAGAGGAGGAGGAUGAAGAGGAGAACGACGACCACGAAGGGAAUGAGGAGAACGAUAAACAGGCUGGCGAUAGGCGCGAUGAGGACAAUGGGAAUCCUGAUGGUGAAACUGGUGGUCCCGGCGGUGGUGCUCCUGGUCCUGGCAAUGGUGAUCCCGGUCCUGGCAGUGGCGAUCCUGCUCCCAGCGGCGGCCGCUCCUCCCGACCGAGAUCCAGGAGCGAUCACAAUCAGGAUUCGUCUAGUAAAAGACAGAAAAAGGCCGAUGUCUCUGGACUGCCCCCCACUCCCAAUGCUCUCUCUUGCACCACUGCCGAGCAAGUCCUUCCCCUCGAACACUGGACUCACGCAGAGUACAUCGACUACUUCUCGGGGCUUGGCCUAACCUUCGUGCUGGCUACGCCUAUGGAGGUAGAUGUGUUGCUCGCGCGGGCAGCCAAAUUUGGCUGGAUUGGGGCGCUGGGAAGUAGGUAG